GUCAUCCUCUAUCCUCAUCGCUUCAAGCUCAGUGCAUGGGAAGCAACCUCAAUGAGCAGAUUCCUUACACUAGCAGGUAUUCCGACGCUCCGCCAACUCUACGCCAGCGGGUCAAUCGUGCCGAAAACAACCUCAAAUGCAAACCUAAGGUUCCCCGUUGUGGAGACGUAUCUCGAUCGAAUUUCACUCAUACAGGGAGACAUUACAACGCUUGAAGUAGAUGUCAUUGUGAAUGCAGCAAAUAAAAGUUUGUUGGGUGGAGGUGGAGUUGAUGGCGCAAUUCAUCGUGCAGCGGGACGUCAACUUCUGGAAGAAUGUAGAUUAUUAGGUGGUUGUGAUACUGGCGACGCAAAGAUAACAAAGGGCUAUAACCUUCCUGCAAAACACGUCAUUCAUACAGUUGGGCCUGUUUACGCAAUGAGUAAAGCUGAAACGAAGGCAGUUCAGUUGGCUCCAUGCUAUAGGCGGAGUCUUUCACUAGCAGUUGAAAAUGCACUGAAGAGCAUCGCAUUCCCGUCGAUAUCAACGGGUAUUUACGGCUAUCCGAUUGAAGAUGCAACUAAAAUCGCACUUGAAGAGACGCGUCGCUUUCUCGACACUGAUAGCGGUAAAAAUCUCGAGCGUGUCGUAUUCACAGUGUUCAGUGAUGAGGACAAGGACGUCUACGAGUGAGCAGUGUCUUUUCCUGGCAAAUUUCGAACAAUUACGUUAAGCAUCGAAAUUUUACAUUUGCGCUCACCAGGAAACUCAUUCCGGAUUAUUUCCCCGCAUACCCGCCCGGCGCGGAGCAGCCGUAAAUGCGUAACGUGGAGAUUUCGAAUCCGGCG